AUGUUAUUUCGAAACUUGCUCGCAGCAUGCACGGCUGGUGCUGUAUCGGCUGCUCCAUUGACUACUCGCUCCGCAGACUUCACUUGGGGAUCGGAUAAAGUUAGAGGAGUAAACAUUGGAGGAUGGCUGUUGUUGGAGCCAUGGAUCACACCCUCCAUUUUUCAAACUCAAGAUCAAUCGCUUGGGAUAGUGGACGAGAAGACUCUGACCGAGAAGCUUGGCUCGGACAGGGCGUACCAAAUCCUGAAGUCCCAUUGGGAUAGUUGGGCCACUUUGGCGGAUUUUCAGAAGAUUGCGAAGGCAGGAUUCAACACAGUUAGAAUACCCAUUGGAUACUGGGCAUAUUCCCUGGAUAGCGGAGAAUCGUAUACGCAGGGAGCAGCUCCCUAUUUAGACAAUGCGAUUGACUGGGCAAGGCAAACGGGCUUGAAGGUUAUGAUUGAUCUCCAUGGUGCUCCUCUGUCACAGAAUGGGUUCGACAAUAGCGGCCAGAGAACUAGCAACCCACAAUGGCAGCAAGGCGACUCCGUUGCCCAAACCCUCGCAGUCCUUAACACAAUCUCGACCAAGUACGCUGCUGCGCAAUACCAAGAUGUCGUUUCGUCUAUCCAGUUGCUGAAUGAGCCUCUGGGUUCAAAACUAAAUUUCGAUGGCAUCAAGGAUUUUUACAAGAAAGGCUAUGAACAAGUACGACAGGUGAGCGACAAAACAGCGGUGGUGCUGCAUGAUACAUUCGUCGCACCAAGCUCCUUCAACGGUUUUCUCUCCCAAUCCGACAACGGUGCACACAAUGUCGUCGUUGAUCAUCAUGAAUACCAAGUCUUCAAUUUUGACACCAUAAAGCUCCAACCGUGGGAACACCGACAACUUGUCUGCAACAAUGUAGCCUCGUACUCACAGGGAAGUGACAAGUGGGUCAUCGUAGGCGAGUGGACAGCAGCCAUGACAGAUUGUGCGCCUGCCCUUAACGGUUAUGGCAUCGGCGCGAGAUACGACAACACGUACCCAGGUUCCUCGUUCGUGGGAAGUUGUGCUGGAAAGAACAACAUCCUAGAAUGGACAGAAGAAUUCAAAUCCGAUACCAAGGGAUACAUUGAGGCACAAUUAUCCGCAUUUGAGUCCAAUACCCAGGGUUGGAUCUUCUGGAACUUCAAGACCGAGUCCGCACACGAAUGGGACGCUUUCGCUCUAUUAGAUAACGGGGUUUUCCCACAGCCCUUAACCGAUCGAUCGUUUGGUAGCAUCUGCUCUUAG